UGUAGUUCUUGCGGGUAGAGCGGCGGAAGGAUACAGGUUUCCAGUGUAUAAAUACACUGCUCCGCUGCUCCUCUUCCUAUAUGCAAACAGUUUCCGGACCCAGAUAGAAGGGAGUGACCAACGCUGGUGACACAAUUUGCUUUGUCAAGAUGCAGAUCUUUGUGAAGACCCUGACUGGUAAAACAAUCACCCUGGAGGUGGAGCCCAGCGACACCAUCGAGAAUGUGAAAGCAAAGAUCCAGGACAAAGAAGGCAUCCCUCCUGACCAGCAGCGUCUGAUCUUUGCUGGUAAGCAGCUAGAAGAUGGUCGCACCCUCUCCGACUACAACAUCCAGAAGGAGUCCACCCUCCACCUGGUGCUGCGUCUGAGAGGAGGCAUGCAGAUCUUUGUGAAGACCCUCACUGGCAAGACCAUCACCCUGGAGGUGGAGCCCAGCGACACCAUUGAGAAUGUCAAGGCCAAAAUCCAGGAUAAAGAGGGCAUCCCUCCUGAUCAGCAGCGUCUGAUCUUUGCUGGAAAACAGCUAGAAGAUGGCCGCACCCUCUCCGACUACAACAUCCAGAAGGAGUCCACCCUCCACCUGGUGCUGCGUCUGAGGGGAGGCAUGCAAAUCUUUGUGAAGACCCUCACUGGCAAGACCAUCACCCUGGAGGUGGAGCCCAGCGACACCAUUGAGAAUGUGAAAGCAAAGAUCCAAGACAAAGAAGGCAUCCCUCCUGACCAGCAGAGGCUGAUCUUUGCUGGUAAGCAGCUGGAAGAUGGCCGCACCCUGUCUGACUACAACAUCCAGAAGGAGUCCACCCUCCACCUGGUGCUGCGUCUCCGUGGAGGAAACUAAGCUUCUUCUGCUUCUCGGUGUGACCACCAUUUAACCCACAGCUUACAGCCUGUCACUCAUUCUUAACAAUUCAAUAAAGUUUGAGCAUUCCUUAAUUUUACUUCCAGUGUACUUCCCUUUGAAUUUUUGCUGAUGUGUUCAGUAACAGAAAACAUGCAAACAUGUUAGGUGUAAAGAUAUUUGUGCUUGGAGUGCUAAAAGUUGUCAGAUUUCUUUUUUUUUCAUUAGUCUGAGACCUGAAGUUCUGUUUUUAUUAUGGUGUUGCAAGCAGAGCGAGGAAGUGCUGCUGUUGCAGGUGUUCAAGCAAAUAAAAUGGCUUCUCACUGUCA